AUGACUAGCCUUCAAAUUCUUUCUCUUUUACUUUUUUUGGCCAAAUGUUAUUACUCCAAAGAAGAAGAUUUAGUCCAGUGUCUUUCUAAAUACUCUGAAACCAACGUUACACAAAACAUUUACACCCUAAAUUCUCCAACUUAUUCAUCUGUCCUGGAAUAUGCUCAGAAAAAUCCGAGAUGGAUGAAUUCAUCACAUCCUAUUUUCAUAGUAUCCCCUACAAAAGAAUCAGAUAUCAAGCCGGUUAUUCUUUGUGCAAAAAUAUUAGGCUUGCAAAUUAAAAUAAAAAGUGGUGGCCAUGACUAUGAAGGCAUAUCUUUUCGCUCUGAAACCCCGUUUGUUAUGCUUGAUUUAAGCAAUCUUGACAAAAUCGAGAUUGAUUUAAAAGAAGGAACAGUCUGGGCUCAAGCAGGGGCGACUCUCGGCCAGCUUUACUAUGCAAUUGCCAAGAAAAGUAAAGUUCAUGCAUUUCCAGGCGGUGUCUGCUCUACUGUUGGCACUGGUGGAAUCAUCAGUGGUGGUGGGCUCGGUUCAUUGAUGAGGAAAUUUGGCCUAGCAUCUGAUAACGUUGUAGAUGCUCGCGUAAUAGAUGUAAAUGGAAAUAUUCUUGAUAGGAAGAAAAUGAAAGAAGAUUUGUUUUGGGCAAUAAGAGGAGGUGGAGGAGCUAGUUUUGGUGUUAUUUUAGCAUGGAAACUCAAACUUGUUCGUGUUCCCGACAAGGUUACUGUUUUCACUGUUUACAAGAAGUUAGACAGUAACCAAAAUCUACUCCAAAAAUGGCAGAAAACAUCACAUCAACUACCUGAUGGUUUGUUCAUCAGAACAGUUAUCCAAAAUGAUGGAACAGGGAAUGACAAGUAUCCUUUAAUGUUUUUUCAAGCACUAUAUCUCGGACCUGUUGAUGAGUUAAUUCCAUUGCUCAAAGAAAAAUUCCCUGAAUUUGAUUUGGAGAAAAAAGAUUGCUUCCAAGAGCCUGUUGUGGAUUGUAGUAACAUGCCUUGCAUUAGGAAAGAAUGUCGCGAAUCUUCAUGGAUUGGAUCAGUCUUGUAUUUCUAUGGCAAGAGAACAAAUGAGCCGCUUGAAGUCCUACUAGAAAAGAGUAUUCCAACACAGAAGAAUUAUUUCAAAGCCACAUCUGAUUUUGUGAAAACACCAAUUCCGGAAAGUGGUUGGGAAAUGGUAAAAAGACUGUUUUUGGAAGAAGAAAGACCUCAGAUAAUAAUGGAGCCAUUAGGUGGGAAAUUAGAUGAAAUAUCAGAAUCUGAAAUUCCUUUUCCUCAUAGAAAGGGGAAUUUGUAUAAUAUUCAGUAUUUGGUGAACUGGGGCGAUAACAGUGAGAGUAUAUCAAGCCAGAAGAUAGAAUGGUUGAGGAAGCUUUACAAGAAAAUGGAGCCAUAUGUUGCAAACUCUCCAAGAAGUGCUUACCUGAAUUACAGGGACCUUGAUUUAGGAACAAAUCAAGAUUACUACAACUAUUCCAAGGCCAAAAUAUGGGGUGAAAAGUAUUUCAAGGGAAAUUUUGAGAGGUUGGCUAAAGUGAAAAGUAAGGUGGAUCCCAACAAUUUUUUCAGAAAUGAACAAAGUAUUCCACCUUAUCAUACAGAUAGCUUAAGAAGACUGGAUCCUAUGUCAACUGGACUGCAUCAAGAUGUUUGA